CGAUCCCUGAAGCUUCAACACCGUUUGUUCUUCCUUGUUCUCCGCCGCAAUCUCUCCGCUUCAAUGAGAGAUGAAAUUCUUCUCAGAGAAGCUUCUUCUUCCACAUUCCUCUUAGCACCCAAAUCGCGCUUUCGCGUUACGAUUCGAAAAAGUAAGUUCUCUUUUCUUCAUCCUCAAAAGUAGAUCGUAUUUGUAAGGAAUCGAGCUAGCCUCUCAAGGAAGGAACAUUACCCAGAUUAAUCGUGAAAAUUCUCCGGUUUUGUGCCUUAGAAACCCUAAUUUAUGAUGUUCCUUAGAGAAUUUUGAUUCCUCUCUGUGAUUCCCAUAAUGGCAAUGGUGGAGAAGAAUGGCUCUACAAUCGGGUAUGUAGCCCGAAACCUCCUCCUCUGCUUAUUCCUUGUCACAACGAUCCUCUUUGCUCUCUCUUGUUACUUUGUGUUGCGUUCCACUGCACACAAUCGCUUCCUUAGCUCAACAUUUCCAUCAAAAUCGUUCCUUGACGAUGUGAAUGUGAAAGAGGCAAAGCAAGAGAAAGAGAAUUGUAGAUGCAGCAAGGAACCUCUUAAGGUUUACAUGUACGACAUGGAUCCUGAGUUUCAUUUCGGAUUGUUAGACUGGAAGCCUGAGAAGAAGAAUAGUGUGUGGCCUGAUAUUCAAAAGUAUAUACCUCCUUACCCUGGAGGCUUGAAUUUGCAACACAGCAUUGAGUAUUGGCUCACUUUGGAUAUUCUUGCAUCUGAGUAUCCAAACGCACCGAGAGCUAUUGCUGCGAAACGGGUUCAUAACUCUACUGAAGCUGAUGUUAUCUUUGUGCCGUUUUUCUCUUCUUUGAGUUAUAAUCGGUUCUCUAAAGUGAACCCUCACCAGAAAACCAGCAGGAACAAGGAUCUGCAAGGAAAGCUUGUUGCUUUUUUGACUACUCAAGAGGAAUGGAAGAGAUCUGGUGGUAGAGACCAUGUGGUUCUUGCUCAUCAUCCGAAUAGCAUGUUGGAUGCUAGGAAUAAGCUGUUUCCUGCAAUGUUUAUACUCUCUGACUUUGGAAGGUACCCUCCUACUGUGGCCAACGUUGAGAAAGAUAUUAUUGCGCCUUAUAAACAUGUCAUCAAAGGGUACGAAAACGAUACGUCCGGUUUCGAUACUAGACCGAUUCUGCUUUACUUUCAAGGUGCCAUCUACAGGAAAGAUGGAGGGUUUGUGCGUCAAGAAUUGUUCUACCUCUUGCAAGAUGAGAAAGACGUGCAUUUCUCGUUUGGGAGUGUGAGAAACGGAGGCGUAAACAAAGCAAGCCAGGGAAUGCACAACUCCAAGUUCUGUCUCAACAUUGCUGGAGACACUCCUUCAUCAAACCGUCUCUUUGACGCCAUUGCCAGUCACUGCGUACCUGUCAUCAUCAGUGACGACAUUGAGCUUCCUUUUGAGGACGUUAUUGAUUAUUCUGAGUUCUCGGUGUUUGUUCGCACCUCUGAUGCCUUGAAAGAGAAUUUUCUGGUUAACUUAAUAAGGGGAAUAACCAAAGAGGAAUGGACACGGAUGUGGAAUAGAUUAAAGGAAGUGGAGAAAUUCUAUGAGUUCCAUUUUCCGUCGAAAGUAGAUGAUGCAGUGCAGAUGAUAUGGCAAGCGAUUGCACGGAAAGUCCCUGGUGUUAAAAUGAGGAUUCAUAAGUCUCGAAGGUAUUCUAAAUCUGUUUCUGAGACAGAGAGAGAAUCAAGAUGGUCGUCAUUGAUACCUCGGAGUUUCUGGUGAAUAAAGAUGAGAUUUUUGUUGUUCUUCGUUUUCUCAGGAAGGCCAUCGAAUUGUUUUUGUGUAGAGAGAAGUUUAUGUUGGAUCAGAUGAUUUGUGAACUUUUUCUCCAAAUCAUAGGUUAUAGACAGAGAGAUAAGUCUUAUUCUAAUUGGUUUCUGCAUUUCACCAUAGAAAAAUAAUAAUGUUGUAAGUUGAUGAUUUGUUAAUUGUUCAUUUAGAUCUCUUUUUAUGGUAAAACAUAGUUUCUAAUAGAUAAACAGC